UUCGAGGUGACUGCACCAGCGAAAGGCGACAAAUGGGUCAACGGACAGACCUACCCUGUUUCAUGGGAGAAGGGGCUUUUUGAUGGCGUUGAUACUUUCGAUAUCGAGCUCUCCCGGAUGAGCAAGAGUGGGCUCAUAUUAGUUGCCAAAGAUGUCCAAUCAAUUAUCGGCACUGUCAACCUCGCCAUUCAAUCUGUGCCCGAGGCUGAUGAUUAUUUUCUCUUCUUUCUGAACUCCACGCACGGAGUAAUGUACGGCAAUUCAUUACCCUUCUCCAUCACCUCUUCUUCUUCCGGCUCAUCCAGUCCGAACAUCGAUGCUACGAAACCGACGGUAACUAUCAGCGGUGGGCCGAAUCCUACAGCCGCCUGGGCUACGACAUUCCCCCCAAGCGCGAAUGGCGUGCGGGCGCUGAAGCUAGAAGGGGUCACGACAGGAUUGGUAGCAACCGUUACGGUCGGACUAGGACUGAUAGGCGGAGCUUGGGUUGUGCUAUGA